AUGGCAGCAUACGCGCACUAUACAAGUCCCGUUUUAAUUGUAGGUGCUGGUAUCUCUGGACUCACCCUCGCCCAAGGGCUUCGUCGCCGAUCUAUCCCAUUCCGACUCUUCGAACGCCAUGCUCAGUCCCACAGCUCCCAAGGCCACCGCUUGCGCAUUUCCUCUGACAGCGUAGCAGCGCUUACUAGCGUCCUUCUACCCCAAUGCAAAGACCUAUUCGCAUCUACUGCCGCUCAGGGAGGACGAUUCCAACCGCGAUAUGUGGACGCCAAGGGGUUUGAAUUUGAGAAACCAACGCCGGACUCACAUCCGCAGAGUAUGCCCGUGGACCGGACGAGGCUACGGCGCUUGAUGAUGGUAGGAAUUGAAGAUACGAUUGAGUACGAAAAGGACUUUGCUUCGUAUGAAGUUUCGGAAAAUGACGUUCACGUAACCUUUGCGGAUGGCUCUUCGGCACAGGGUCGGUUACUUGUAGGCGCGGAUGGUAUCAAGAGCCGUGUUAGGAGAGUACUUCAACCAAAUCUUAGGCUUCUUGACCUAGAGCGCUGGAUCGUGUGGGGCAGGACGCUGCUAACGGAACGUCUUCGUGGACAAUUGACUGAGGACCAAUUGUCAUGGUUCAUGGCGCUUGAUAAAGAGGCUAAUGUCCAAGUUGUCGUUGAGCCUAUGACAUGGACAAAGAGUGCAAAGGAGAAGUUAGGAAACAUGCUUCCAAACCCUCAGGACUAUCUAUACUUCGCUUUAUGUCUAGCACCAGGUCGACAUUUACCAAAGACAGCUCAAGAAAGGAAAGAACUUAUAGGGACAGUAACAAAAGCAUGGCAUCCAGCUCUCAGAUUGGUGUUUGAUGAAGCCUCUUACGAGCUUUCAGCCUGCAUCCCUGUCCUUUCUAGCAAACCAGAUAUCGAAAUCCAUUCAUCAAGCCAGAACGCUAAAGUCACUCUUAUAGGUGAUUCGGCUCAUGCGAUGAGUCCCAUGGGGGGCGCUGGUGGAAAUACUGCAAUUUUGAAUGCAGUGGAUUUAGUAGAAACUAUUAGCCAGUAUGGAUUAACCACCUCAGAGAUUAUCCGGGAAUUCGAAGCUCGAAUGGAGAAGAGAGCGAAGGACAACAUCGAGCAUUCCUUUAAAGGGGGCCAGAAGUUUUGGAAGGGGAAAGAAUGGUUUGAAUACCAGGAGAUCAAUGUUUAA